AUGCGACUUCAUUAUCUUCUGAAAGGUUUACGAUCUCAUCUCAUUCCACAUGUCAUGCGACGCAAUCCCACUACUCCCGAGGAAUUCCUUCGAUUUGCUCAAGAUGAAGAAAAGAUUAUUACUACGUUACAUGGUUUUUCUUUGGACAAUUCGACCACAUCGUCUGAUUAUAUUGACUCCAUUCACAACACUCAUCCCUCCGUUGGAAUUAUCCGAUCACCUGUUCAUGCCGAUCAACCCACUAACCUACCGUCCCGUUCAUCCGCCACAUCACCACCCUCGUUUUUUCCUUCACUCGCGUCAAUGUUACGUCUGUUAUGGUUAUGGUCAUAUUGCUGCUCAAUGUCCUUCUCGAAAAAACGUAUAACGAGAUAUAUUGAUGGUCAUAUCUCUUCACCAUUACCCAAUCCACCAUCUUCAACUUCCUCAUCUGUUCGUCUUUUUGUCAACAACGUUCUUACCGAUGUUUUAAUCGACACGGGUGCCAGUAUUUCACUCAUUCACGUCGACACUCUCAAUCGUCUGACUCACACACCUGUCCGAUCCUGUCCAUUAACCAAUGCUCAUACUGCGAAUAGUGGGUUUCUGUCACUCAUCGGAUUGGUUCAACUACAAGUCCAAAUCAACCAUUGGCUUACUCACGUGGACGUCUAUGUUACUCCUGACUUAAUCUGCCCGAUGAUACUUGGCCGUGAUUGGAUUCAAACGCAUUAUGCCACGAUUGAUUUUAGUACCAAUCGAUUAUCUCUCUAUCAGGGAAUCACCACCACUCCAUUAUUACCUACUCCACCUGAACAAUCUUGCGUCUUGUCAUUAUCAACAUCGGUUGUUAUUCCUCCUUUUCACCAAAUGCUUCUUUAUGGAUAUACAUCUAUUCCGUCUUUAGCCAAUGCCAUCUUCACCCCGAACAUGGCUCUACAACACAGCCGGAUGCUAUUACUGCCUCAUGCCGUACUUCAUAUUCGGAAUCAUCGUGGUGUUAUCUCCAUCCUCAACAACACUCGUCAUUCGAAGUCGAUUCCUCAAAACACUCCACUUGGUUAUGUUUCUUCUAUUGGUGUUUCUCUUCCGACCCACCAAGUUUCAUCUAUCUCUGUCACUCCGUCUGUUACAUCUUCUUGUGACUCUCCUUUCUCCUGUUCUCAUUGUUCUCUUUCUUUUUCGAAUGAAGUAACAUUAUAUGAUCACUUGCUCAUAUGUUGUAAUAAAAUUGAUUGUUCCACUUACUCUAUUAUUCAGUCGCUACUGAUACAUAUCUCCGAUGGUUCUCAACGACAACAGAUUUUUCUCAUGCUACACCAAUAUCGUUCUCUCUUCGAUACCACAUCUUUUACUGGUAUUAAUUGUUCACCUCAACAUGCUAUCAACACGGAGACGGAAACGCCCGUCGCCACUCAUCCUCGACGCAUUUCUCAUACCAAUCGCAUCAUUGUCCAGACAGAAGUCCAAAAGCUUUUAACCACUCAUAUCAUUGAACCCUCCAAUUCGCCGUGGUCAUCUCCCGUAGUUAUCAUUAAAAAGGCCGAUGGUUCUCCUCGAUUUUGUGUGGAUUAUCGCCGCCUGAAUUCAAUUACUAUCAAAGAUAUUUAUCCUCUACCCCGAAUUGACGACAUUAUCGAUCGUUUAGCGGGCUCUCGGUUGUUUUCCAAACUUGAUCUUCGCAGUGGUUACUUUCAGGUACCACUCGCCCCCAAGGAACGAGAUAAAACAGCAUUCUCGACUCCCGAUGGUCAUUGGCAAUUUACUCGUUUACCACAAGGACUCAAAAAUUCACCCGCAGUCUUUCAGCGAUUAAUGAACUCCACCCUCGGCAUGUUACGAUGGGAUAUAUGUCUGUCAUACCUCGAUGAUAUCAUCGUUUACUCUUCAUCGUUUGCACAACAUUUAAUGGACGUUCGACGUGUUUGUCAAGUCUUACACGCCGGUAAUUUUACCUUGAAUGCCUCGAAAUGCUCGUUUUUUCAAGAUGAAGUUUGCUUCUUGGGACAUAAAAUUUCUGUUGAUGGUUGUUGUCCGACACCCGACAAUACCCGUUCCAUCCUCGACUUUCCUGUUCCCCGAUCCAGCAAAACCGCACAUUCAUUCUUACAAAUGGUUGGAUUCUACCGUAAAUUUAUUCCGCAAUUUGCCACCAUAUCUCAUCCCCUGAACAAAUUUACUCGCAAGGAUCUUCCGUUUAUAUGGACAGACGUUGAACAACACGCAUUCGAUCAAUUAAAAGCUGCUAUGACAUCCCCUCCGGUGCUCACUCUACCUGAUCCAUCCCAGCCAUACAUCAUUCGAACCGACGCUUCUCAUGUGGGAAUUGGUGCAGUUUUAUUGCAACAACAGCCUAGUGACUCCCCUCGUUCCGCCACACUCACUUAUAAACCAAUCGCAUUCGCUUCUCGCAGUUUUCAACCAGCAGAAAAACGAUACUCGGCCAUCGAACUCGAAGCAUUAGCUAUAUGGUGGAGUGUCACUGACAAAUUUCACGUUUAUGUGGAUGGACAACAUUUCUUUCUUGAAACGGAUCACAAACCGUUACUAUCACUUAUGAAGAAGCCCUACAAUAACUCUCGCAUCGAACGCUGGAUGACCACGUUACAACAAUAUAAUAUGACGAUUCGUCAUAUUCCGGGUAAAGACAAUACGACCGCCGACGCUCUUUCCCGAUAUCCCGUUGAACAACCAUCACCAAUUAACGAUCCUCCUACUGCGUUGCCGACUCCUUGUCUCAAUCUUGUCACAACUCGUUCAAUGGCUAAGAAGCUUCAUCCACCCGAUUCGCAUGUCACAUCUACCACCACUCACACUACACAGUCUCCACCUCACUCAUUAGCUCCUGCCAAUACGGCUGCCGCGCAUUCAAGUCGUUCGUUUGACAUUCGUUCUACCAGUCACGCCACUCUUUUCGAUGUAGACCUGUUAAACCUGCACCAAAACCAGGACCCCACUAUUCGUCGCAUCAAAGAGACUAUCCCGUUGAACUCCCGAUAUGUUUUGCGUAAUCACAAUAUCCUCCAUCGCGUCAUUACGCGCCACAAUGUUCCUCCGCUUCAUCUUCCAUAUAUUCCUGCAUCUUUAAUUCCUUCGGUUCUGGCUCUCUAUCACGAUUCUUCAUGUAAUGGUGCUCACUUUGGUAUUCAACGCACAUUUUACAAACUUCGCGAUCGGUAUUAUUGGCCUAACAUGUACCGUGACAUUAAACGCCAUAUUUCGUCUUGCCUCCAAUGCCGUCAAUGCAAACCUUCUCGUCGCAAACCUGAUGGACAUUUACAUCCCAUUCCACCUCCACCUGGCGUUUGGUCUCGACUUGCUAUGGACUAUGUUGGACCCGUUCCAGCCUCCUCCAACGGCAACAAAUACUUUAUCGUUUUGACCGAUUUAUUUUCUAAAUACGCUGUCAGCAAAGCGGUACCCGAUAACACUGUACGAACUGCCGCCACAUUUCUCCUCCACGAUGUGUUCUUUAUUUAUGGUGUUCCUAUCGAAAUUAUUACCGACAAUGAUCCGCAUUUCUCCUCAUCGUUAUACGCCGCUCUACUGCAACUCACUCAUUGUUGUCAUAUCAAAACGACUCCGUAUAAUCCACAAUCGAACGGCCAAUGCGAGCGUCACAAUGCCACAUUAGUUCCGAAUCUCGUCGCACUUUCCAAUAGCUCUCGUUCUGACUGGGAUCAGAAAUUACGAGCUCAUGACCAAAUUUAUUGCUCAAAUCAAACUUGCCACUCGACAUCGCAUCCACGAACAACAACAACGCACCAAACGCCAUUUUGA